AUGGACCGGCCCCUGGUGGCGUCGGCGGAGGCGGAGGAGGAACUCGAGUGGCAAGUGGCGAGUCGCAGGAGGAAGGCCUGGGCCAAGUGCCGCGGCUCCUGGCAGGCGUCGGAGACAGAGGACCUGUCCACAGAGGCGACGACGCAGGACGAGGACGAGGACGAGGACGACCUCCCCGGAACGAAGCUGCCGGCCGCCGCGGGGAGAGGAAACGUGCCCAACGAGAAGAUCGCGAUAUGGCUCAAGGACUGCCGUACCCCAUUGGGAGCCUCACUGGAUGAACAAAGCAGUAGUACUCUCAAGGGUGUGCUUGUGAGAAAUGGGGGAAGUUUUGAAGAUGAUUUGUCAUUGGGAGCUGAAGCGAACCACCUUCAUGAAAUUGAUGCUCAAAUUGAUAAUUGCAGUAAUAUUUUGGCCAAAGAGAGAAGACUGCAGUUUCAUCAGAAAGGGAGGAGUAUGAAUUCCACUGGCUCUGGGAAAAGUAGUGGGACAGUCUCAAGUGUUUCAGAAUUGUUGGAACUUUAUGAGGAAGACCCUGAAGAAAUUCUUUAUAAUCUUGGAUUUGGACGAGAUGAACCAGAUAUUGCUUCCAAAAUUCCUUCCAGAUUUUUUAAUUCAUCAUCAUUUGCCAGAGGAAUAGAUAUUAAAGUAUUUCUGAGUGCACAAAUGCAACGGAUGGAAGUAGAAAAUCCAAAUUACGCUUUAACAAGCCGUUUUCGUCAAAUUGAAGUGCUUACUACUGUGGCCAACGCAUUUUCUUCUUUAUAUUCCCAAGUCUCUGGGACUCCCCUGCAGAGAAUUGGAAGUAUGUCCUCAGUGACCUCUAACAAGGAAACAGACUCGCCUCCACCUUUAACCCGAAGUAACACUGCAAAUCGCUUAAUGAAAACACUAUCUAAACUAAACUUAUGUGUUGAAAAAACAGAGAAAGGAGAAGGUAGUACUCCUUCCCUGGCCGUUGACAAAGGAAAGAUCGUAAACAUUUCAGUGAUGGAAGAAAGUGGCAAUAAAAACGAUCAGAAGUCUCAAAAAAUUAUGAAGAAGAAAGAGUCGUCUUCUAUGUUGGCUACAGUUAAAGAAGAGGUAUCAGGUGGUUCAGCAGCUUUUAUGGAGAAUUCUGACAUUGAUGGACUUUCUGGUGAAGCAAAUAGUAAUUUUAACCAUGAAGCUGAAAGUGGGCAAAGUAAAGAAACUCAAAGUCAUGAGAAUAAACUGGAUGAGGAAUCUGGUAUUCUAGAAUCUGAUUUAGGUAGUGAUUUCAACAUGUCCAGUCAUAGUGAGCUGGAAAAUGGCGGGGAGCUGAAGAAUGUCCCUUUGUCCACACCUGAAAAAGAGCCAUGUGCACCACUGAUGAUCCCAUCCAUAAGAAACAUAAUGGCACAGCAGAAGGACUCCUUUGAAAUGGAAGAGGUCCAAAGUACAGAGGGGGAAGCUCCUCAUGUUCCAACCACUUACCAGCUAGGUCUUAACAAGUCAAAAAGAGAUCAACUAUUACGUACUGCAAGUCAGCACUCUGAUAGCAGUGGUUUUGCUGAAGAUUCGACAGACUGCCUCUCGCUUAAUCAUCUUCAGGUUCAUGAGUCCUUGCAGGCCAUGGGGAGUAGUGCAGAUAGCUGCGACAGUGAGACAACAGUCACAUCUUUUGGUGAAGACCUUGUCACACCAACAGCACAAGACCAGCCUUACUUUAAUGAGUCAGAGGAGGAGUCUCUCACGUGUCCUCAGAUGGAAAGAGAAAAGGCAGCAGCAGUUGCUGAGAAAAGGUCAGACGGCCUGGAUUCCCUGCAGUGCCAGACUGUUGAGAACACAGGACAUCCGCAGUCCACCUGGAGUGCAGGGGAUCACGUUACUGAAAUCACUGGAAGGAAAGAGGAUGUGUCUCCAGCACAGCCUGUGGAAUUACUAAGGGAAGCAAGUGCUGAACGUGAUGUGGAUAAAAGCAGUGAAUGUGAAUUUGUCCAGUAUACCACCCACCAUAUUCUUAAAUCAUUGGCUUCUAUUGAAGCUAAAUGCAGUGAGAAAGGGGCUGAAAAUACAACGGGGUCUCCCUCUUCUGUGGACAGAGUUAAUACAGCUUUACAAAGAGCGCAAAUGAAGGUUUGUAGUCUGUCUAAUCAAAGAGUGGGGCGUAGUCUGAUAAAGUCAAAAGAUCUGUUGAAACAGAGGUACCUGUUUGCAAAAGCUGGCUAUCCUCUAAGGAGGUCUCAGUCUUUACCAACCACCUUGCUGAGCCCCGUAAGGGUUGUGUCAUCUGUCAAUGUCCGGUUGUCCCCUGGAAAAGAGACCAGAUGCAGCCCACCAUCCUUCACCUACAAGUAUACACAGGAGGAGGAACAGAGACUAGAAAGAGAAGUGAUAGAGCACGAUGGUCAGUCUUCGGUCAAAUCCACUAUUUUCAUCUCUCCGACAUCUGGGAAGAAGGACGCCACCGCCCCGAGCGAAGUGACCCGGCUGGAGGAGUGCCAUCAGUGGAGGACCCCGGCCUGUGCGCUGUCUGCUCAGUCCGCCUGCUCCCUGCACUCUCUCCACUCCGAGUGGCAGGAGAGGCCCCUGUGUGAACACAUGAGGACUCUGAGCACUCACAGCGUUCCCAGCAUAGCAGGCACCGCCUGCAGUGCCUUCCCAUCCGCUCUCGGAUGUCCUUACUCACACAGACACGCUGCCUCCCCUUACCGACCGUGCUCUAUGAACCCCCCUUCUGCAGUUGAGAUGCAGUUGCGAAGAGUGUUGCAUGAUAUUAGAAAUUCACUGCAGAAUCUUUCACAGUACCCUAUGAUGAGAGGACCUGAUCUUGCUGCUGCUCCGUAUAGUACUCAGAAAUCAUCUGUUCUACCUCUUUAUGAAAAUACUUUUCAGGAGCUCCAAGUAAUGAGGCGGAGUCUGAAUUUGUUUAGAACGCAAAUGAUGGAUUUAGAAUUGGCAAUGCUGCGUCAGCAAACCAUGGUUUAUCAUCAUAUGACUGAGGAGGAAAGAUAUGAAGUUGAUCAGCUGCAGAGUUUGAGAAAUUCAGUCCGAAUGGAACUGCAGGAUCUGGAGCUGCAGCUGGAGGAGCGCCUUCUGGGGCUGGAGGAGCAGCUCCGCCCUGUGCACGUGCCUUCACCCUUCCGCCCCUCGGCACUCAUGGUCACUGAACUGAUGCGGGAACAGUCAUACCUAAAGUCUGAAUUGGGCCUGGGCCAUGGAGAAAUGGGAUUUGAAAUUCCUCCUGGAGAAAGCUCAGAAUCUGUUUUUUCCCAAGCAACAUCAGAGUCAUCUUCUGUAUGUUCUGGUCCCUCUCAUGCCAGUAGAAGAACUGGAGUACCUCCUGUUGACUCAGUGGGCAAACCCAAAACCCAUCUGGUACCAAGCAAGAAAUUAUUCCGAGCAUCAGUGGCCCUAACACCAACUGCUCCUUCUAGAACAGGAUCUGUGCAGACACCUCCAGAUGUGGAAGGUUCUGAGGAAGCUGGAGCAACUGAAGAAACCUCAGAAGCUGUAGGACCUAAAUCUGAAGUGGAGGAAGAACAUGGAAAAGUCUCAUUAUUGCCAGCUGCUGAGGAAGUGCAUAAAAAUGUGGAGCAAGAUGAGUUACAGCAAGUCAUAAGGGAGAUUAAAGAGUCUAUUGUUGGGGAAAUCAGACGGGAAAUUGUAAGUGGACUUCUGGCAGCAGUAUCUUCAAGUAAAGCAUCUAAUUCUAAGCAAGAUAGUCACUAAUGGAAUUUAUAGGUUUGUGUGGGUCCUAUUAGCUGCGUGAUACUGGAGUUAUCAAGGAUAUACACUGGUGGGGGUGUCAUUUGUGCUUCAGAAGAUACUUGCUGCUGAGCUGCGCUACUGUAUACAAUGUUUAUUUCUUCUGUGCAUAUCUUUUCAAAAAACAUAGAAACAUAGGCACUUUGCUGACUUUAUUUCUUUUCUAAACUAUCAAAACCGUAGUCAUUUGAAAAACCUAAUAUUUAUUUGUAUGUCAGUAUUUUCCAGUUGAUUGCCUAGGUAGAAUUAAUUUUAAAACUUGAAAACUUCCAAACUUAACCAACUUAUAAAUAACAUAUUUCUUCAGACUAGCUUCUUAAAACACUGACCUCUAUGAGGUAUUUACUGUGCAAUAACUGAUUCAUUUUUUGAGAGCUUGAAACAACCAAUGAUACUCCCUCCACUGCUGUUAAUUAGUGUCACUUCCAAGAAGAAAAAUUAUCCUGUUGUAAAAACUGCUUUUAAUUCUUGAGGAGGUUACUAAUAGCAGUAGGAUAGAAUUUAUGUUACCUAAAACUACUUAAUGUUCUUACACUGUAAGCAUUGUUAUUUUACCCAAGACAAUUGUAAUUUUAUUGUAGCUUAUGUAGUUUGGGGAUUUUUGUUUGUUUGUUUGUUUUGGAAACAUGUCUUAUGUUAAACACUAUGUACUUUUUGCAUUGUCCAGACUUCUUUAUUAUAAGGACAUGUUUCUUCUUUUAGACUAAAUAGUAGAGUAUUGCCAAAAUAAUGGGGCCUGUGACUUGAAUGGAUAGAAAUGAAUAAGCUGGUUUUGUUUUUUCAUAAUGGAAGUAAUUUAGAUUUUUGUUUUCUCAUAAACAAAUUUUAA